CUGGGAGGAGAAUUUAGCAGUCCCCAAACUGCUUCCCUGCCGAACGAGCUGUGACUGGGAGGGGUUCUACAGCCCUCUGGGGCGUCCUGCCGGGUGGUGGCCCCCCCGUGUCCCGGGGGGCAGUGGGGUGGCGGUGCCCUGGCUCUGCCCCGCGGUUCCUUGUCCCUGUCCCUGUCGGGGGUGCCGGGGCCUCUCCGCCCGCCCUCCCGGCACUGCUCAGACUGGUUUAGCAAGUGGAUGGGACGGGGCGGCCGCUUUUCCUUUGAAGGGCUCCCGGGAAGCAUUUGAUGGCUGGAAACCUCCCGAGGAGGAGAAAGGAAAAGACAAAAAUAGGUGGUUUUGGGUUUCGGUCGGGGAGCGGGGGAGGCGCGGGUCUGCUCCUGCAGCUUUGCAGACCUUUGUGUGCCGGGAGUGGGGACGGGCGAGCGGGGCCGAGCCACAGGGAGCCCGAGCAGCUCCCGGCACAAGCCCGGGGUGGCCUCGGCCCAGGGAGGCAGAGCCAGAGCGGACUGGGGAUGUGCACCGCGGCCCCGAGAGAGGUGGGUGCUCCGGGGUGGCAGCAGGGAGGGAAGAGCUGCUGCAGGAGAGACAGGGCCAGGGACCCCCAGGCAGGGCCGGGCCCCUUCCCCAGCUCCCCCUCCUGGGUCGGACCUGAGGGGGUCUCUUGGGGGUCCCUUGGGGAUCCAGCUCAGUGGUGAGGUGUGGUGGUGAGUGGCUGUGGGGAUGCUGGGGACAGGCUGGGGCUGCCUCUGCCUGUGCCUGGGGUCAUUUGGGGAGUGGGAGUUGAGGUUUGCUUCCCAGCCUGAUCCAGGUUUCCUCAAAAUUCGGUGCCUUUCUUGCCCUUUAGCUCAAGUCUCUGUAAUCCGGGGCUUCACCUGCCUCAUGCUCCCUUGUGAGAGGAGAUCCUGGCUGUCCUUCCUCUCCAUUCCUAUGGACCCGGAGUGCCGGGACCUGGGAUCCGGGGCUGGCUCUGCAGUUCUCCCGCAGUGACUCCCAGCAGCCCCAGCCCCUGGGUUGGGACCCCCUCUCAGCUCCGUGCGGCCCCUCCAUCCCUCCCUGCACAGGAGCUCCCUUCCUAAAGCCCCUCCAUCCUCUCGGUGUCGGCUUUUCAGAAGGGAAUUCUGCGUGCGAUGAGGGAGGAAAACGUGAGGAACGUCGGGAGGGGAGCGCGCUGGUGGCCGGGUCACGGGGAGCCGCCCUUAUCUCUGCGCCAUCGCGGGUGACACGUGGGGACACAACGGGACCGGCGGCGCCCCCCGGGCAAAGUGCCGGUGGCAGAGAGGGACCCAAGGCCGUUCUCCCGGGGCAGAUAAGGGUACUGCCUGGGUUUGGCCCAUCCCUGCAAGGAGGGGCAGCUCCGCCUUGCAGGGAUGGGCCAGGAGCAGCCUGCAGUGAGCCCCGCUCCUGGGAUUCACCCGCCUAUGCAUGGGAUGGAGAGAAAGGGGACACCUGUGGUUUUUGUAAUGGAAUCAUGGAAUGGUUUGGGCUGAAAGGACCUUAAAGCCCAUCCCAUUCCACCCCUGCCCUGGCAGGGACACCUUCCACUGUCCCAGGCUGCUCCAAACCCCAGUGUCCAGCCUGGCCUUGGGCACUGCCAGGGAUCCAGGGGGAGCCACAGCUGCUCUGGGCACCCUCACCACCCUCACUACAAACUUCCUCCUUUCCCCGUGUGGUCCUGCAGGGCUGGUGACACAUCCCUCUGUCACUGGCACCCCCGGGGAGCCCUGGUGAGAGUUCCAGCAGCAGCACAGCUUCCCUGGAAAACAAAACCCUGAAAGGCCUGAGCUGUUCCUGUGCUUGCUCUCCCAAGGGCUCACAAACUCUGCCCUCUGGGAUGUUCAGCCCCCCCAGCUGAUGGUUUUGGUCCCUGGUGUGGGGUGGCAGCUGUGACACCAAACCUCUGCUGUGGCUCCUGCUCUGAGUGGUCACAAGUCCCAUGUGAAGGCCUUGGAGUGGCAGGAAUGCAAUGGGAACAGGCAUUGCUCUGCCCUGGCAGCACUGCAGCUGCUCUCCCUUUGGCCAGGGGGUAGAGCAGCCUUGGCCCCUGCCCCCACCCCCUUCCUUCCCCUGCUGCUGUGGUCCCCUGGAGCUGCUGGGAUGUUCCCAAGGUGGUGACAGCAGCAUCCCUGCCUGUGUGGGAUCCUGCCUGGGACACACAGGAAAGUGGGGAAUCUGAUGUGGGAUGAGUGAACACAGGGGGAGGAUCCAGGCUCUUCCUUGGGGAGGGGCUGGGACAGUCAGGGCUGGAUUAUCUGGAGCAGAAUGGCUUUUUUUUUUUUUUUUUUUUUUCCCCAGAAAGGUAAUUUUUAUUCCCUUUAUCUCUGGAUCUUUACACUCCUUCCUUUCCAGAAGUGAAACCCAAACACAGUUGCCUGGUGUCUCCAUAGAACCCUGUGCUCUCCUACCUGUGUGUGCUUUUCCAACUGUUGCUUUUCUUUUCCUUUAGGGUUUGUCCCUUUUAUUUUUGAUCCUUCCCUUUUAUUUUUGAUCCUUCACUUUUUCUCCCUGGGAAUGAGAAGUGUGAGCAAACAGGAAUCUCCUCUCAAAAUUAGUUUUGAUACAAAUUUGACCCAUUCACGGGAAAAUGGCAUUUUCUCAUUGAAAAGUACCCCUGUCUGUAAAAAACUGGAAUGUUCCCCUUGUUUCAGUGCAGGGGACUCAGUCUGGGGACAGUGGCCCAGCCGGGGGGUGUUCCAGGCCUCGGGGUUGGGGACUGACCCGUCCAUGCUGGUGGUGCGGAGCUGGCUGGGCCCUGUGGCUGAUGAGGCUCCUGGAAGGGCUCAGGGAUUGGGAUUGAAUCCUGGAGUGUUGGAACUUCCUGGGCUCUCUGUGGGAGCAGGGCUUGUGACAGAGUUUGGGGUUGGGAUUGGGGAUCAAAUCCUGGAGUGUGGGAUCUUUGUGAGCUCCGUAUGGGAGCACAGCUGGUGCUAGAGUUUGGGGUUGGGAUCCUCCUGAGCUCCGUGUGGGAGCAUGGCUGGUGACAGAGCUCCUGGCUACCUGCUUGGGGUUGGGAUUGGGAUUGAAUCCUGGGGAGUGGGAUCAUCCUGAGCUCUGUCAGAGCACGGCUGGUGACAGAGCUUGGGGUUGAGCUUUGAGUACUGGGGUGCUGGAGAUUCCCAAGCACAUUGUGGGGUCACAGCUGGUCACAGAGCUCCCGGCCACCUGCUCAGGGUUGGGGUUGGGGUUGGGAUUGAAUCCCGGAGUUUGGGAUCUUCCUGAGCUCUCUGUCGGAGCACGGCUGGUGACAGAGCUCCCGGGUUGUGUUUGGGGUGCUGCAGCUCCCCGGGCUCCCUGCCGGGGCUCCUCUCGCCCUUUUAUGAGCGGUGUCCCGGCGGGGCCGGCGCCGGGAGCCUGAUUGGCUCCGCAUCACCGCGCCGCUUCCCGGUGCCGCUUCCUCCUCCCGCGGCCAGGUAGAGCCUUCCCGCGGCCAGGUACAGCCUUCCCGACCGCCGCCGGCCUCCCACCAGCACAGCUCGCUCCGGCUCGCCUCAGGGUUUUUUUUUUCCCUUCCCCUCCCUUGUUUCUCCCCUGUUUCCCGGGCCUGUUUCCCUGUCCCCGCGCGGGGCGCGGGGGGAUGAGCAGCGGGCUGGUGGACGCCGCGGUGUUGGCACCGCUCAAACCCGUCAGCAUGUCCGGGGAGCCCAGCGAGGACAGCCCGGUCUUCGAGGACAUCAAAGCCCCCUCGCGGCCCCUGGAGACCCCUCCCGAGCUGGCGCAGCUGCACCCCAUGAGGAUGGACCAGCGGAUGCCACCACUCAUCCUGGAGGCACGCUCAGAGAUGGACAAGUACCUGUCCGGCGAGGUGCCGCCCAUGCCCGUGCUCCCGGACAAGAAGUACCGCCGGGAGAGCGCCUCGGUGGUGGAUGAGUUCUUCUCCAUGGAGAAGCCCAGCUCGGCGCCCUACAGCGUCAACAUCAAUGUCAUCCUGCCUGACACCACCCACCUGCGCACGGGGCUCUACCGGCCCCCCAAGCCCGUGGCCCCCUUUCCGCAGAUCAAAUCCGAGCCCGGUGCCGGCUUCUCCCAGCCCUGCUCGUCCUCCUCCGGCCCCACGCAGACCCUGCCCGACUUCACCAGCGUGUUCAGCAUGCCCCAGUCGGUGGCAGUCAACAACAUCUUCAUCAAGCAGGAGAUGCCCCCAGAGAUCCCGCUGUCCACCCACCCGCAGCAACCCCAGCUCUUCCAGCUGCCCCUGGGCGCUGCUGGCGCCGACAUUCCUACCCUGGCGUCCUCCUCCAGCAGCACCACGGCCAUCAGCUGCCUCAGCGGGGUCACCAUGUCCACGGGCUCUGUGGCCAGCGUGGCACGCAGACCCGUGCAGCCAGCAGGGCCCCUCAAGCAGUACCCACACGUGGCCCAGGGACAGGGGAGCUUCGGGAACAUCUCUGGGCAGUUCUACCCCGCCCCGGGGGUGACUCUGCCCCCCUCGCCCCCCAACUCGCAGCCCGGCAGCCCCGAGAACCAGCCCGAGCUCAUCAACACCAUCUCUCCCCCACCCUCCUACGAAGCCACAUUUGGACUGAAGCUGGUGCAGUCAGCCCAGAUGCCCCCAGGGCCCAACGGCGUCGGGAGCCUCUCCCAGGGCCACGUUGUGAUGCAGCCCCCCAAGUACAACCGGCGCAACAACCCUGAGCUGGAGAAGAGGCGGAUCCACCACUGUGACUACCCAGGUUGCUCAAAGGUUUACACCAAGAGCUCCCACCUGAAGGCACAUCAGAGGACUCACACAGGUGAGAAGCCCUACAAGUGCACAUGGGAAGGCUGCGACUGGCGCUUCGCCCGCUCGGACGAGCUCACGCGGCACUACCGCAAGCACACGGGGGCCAAGCCCUUCAAGUGCCUGGCGUGCGGCCGCUGCUUCUCCCGCUCCGACCACCUGGCCCUGCACAUGAAGAGGCACCAGAAUUAGGAGCUGCCUCCCUUCCCACUUCUCCGAGAGCAGCUCAAACUCUUCCCUUCUCCCAGGGAAGGACCUGUACAUAGGAACGACCCCGCGCCGCCGUCGCCGAGGCGGCAGGAGAGCCCUGCCAGCCCGGCCCCGACGCUGUCUGGUUUUACCAGAGACUGGAACCCCCCCCAGCCCACCUCAAACCAGCCCUGACUGCAGACUGAGCUCCUGACGAGGCUCCUGGUGGCACUGGGGCGCUGGAGCCUGGAUGCCCAAGGGCUUUCUUCUGGCAAUCCUGCUAUUUAUUCAUCACUCAGGAGCAACUUGGUGUCUCAAGGCCCUCUGGGAUGGGUUUUGCCCCUUUGGUGAGGCCCAGGAGGAUGUGACAGCUUGGCUGUGACAGCUCUCACUUGGACUCUCUAGGACAGUCCCAUGGCAUAGCCAUGGAUGUGACACUGUGUGAGCAUAGACGUGGCACCUUGUCCCAUGGUGUGACCAUGGGUGUGGCACUGGUGCCAUGGUGUGGUCAUGGAUGUGGCACCUGUCCCAUGGCAUGGCCGUGGAUGUGACACUGUUUCCCAUGGUGUGACCAUGGAUAUGGCACCUGUCCCCCAUGGUGUGACCAUGGAUGUGACGCUGUCCCAUGGCAUGGCUGUGGAUGUGACACUGUCCCCUGUGGUGUAACCAGGGAUAUAACACUGGUGCUGUGGUGUGACCAUGGAUAUGGCACCGGUGCCAGGGUGUGACCAUGGAUGUGACCCUGUCCCCGAUGGUGUGACCGUGGAUGUGACACCAGUGCCGUGCCAGAACAGGAGCCAUGCCCAGGGCUGUUGGUGGUGACAAUCCCAGUUUCUGUGGGGGCACAGAAGAACAGACCUGUGACAAACUCACCCUUCAAACAAGGGGCAGCAAAAAACCAGGUGACAAAAGCGUCACCUCUGAGCCCAUUCCUGGCAGCCAGCUUGGGACUGUGAGCACCUGCCCUGCCUGGCCAGGUUUUUAUGGUUGUGUCCUUAGCAUUUCUGCUUCCAAGAGGAAUUUAAACUUUGGGUGUCUCUGGGAGGACCAGUGUGGGUUUGAAGCCACCUGGGGGACAGCAGAAGAGCCACUGCUGAAGGUCUGGUGUCCCAGAAUCCACCAGUGGUCCCUUCUCCAGAAUCCCACAAGGACUUGGUGGCUGCUCGUCCCACCAGGCCUGUGCUGUUGCCAUUCCAGCAGAUUGGGGAAAAAAAACCCAGGGAAAAAAGCAUCUUGGAAACAAAUUCCAAUAAAUCCUGCUGUUCAGAGUGGAAUCACAUGACUACCUCACAGGUUCACCUCCUCUGGCUCCCUAAGCUCCUUCCCCCAUCCCAUGGGAUGCACAUCCCUGUUCUCCAAAGCCUUCCAGGGGUUAAAUUUGGGCACAACAAGGGCCAGUUCCAAGACCAGCUGUGAGCAUUGUAAAUUAAUCAGGACCAAAUAAUGGGUCUGCUGUGUCCAGCAGAACACUGAUUUGUUCCCCACCCUCCUCCUUCUCUCAUUUCUCCAUGGAUAAAUUUGGGUGACUCACGGAUUGAUGUGUGGGAUGGAGGGCCAGGAUGCACCAUGGCAUGGCCAGAUGGAAUUUGGAGGCCACUCCUCUCCGCUGCUGCCAGAGCCACUGCUGGGUUCCUGCUUGGCCUUUUCCUUGGAUAAACAGAACCAAUCCCAUGGGUCUGUUUGACAGCAGAGGAGGGCAGGAAGGAUUUGGGGUCCGUGGUGUGCUGUCGGCUUUGGGACGGACGCCGGUCCAGCUCUGUGGUGACCCUUCCCUGUGGCUCCUCAGCCAGGACCCUCCUGUGCCUCCAGGGAGGGUGGGAAAGGCCAUGGAAUUGCUGGAUGGCUUUCCCAACAGUGGGAACAGUUUUGCAGCCCUCAGCACCAACCUCCAUGCUCCAAGACGGUUUUUUGGGGCAUCUUUUGUGGUUGGACCUCCCCAGGGCAGCAGCCAAACCCCAAGGCACAGGUCUUCAUGUGUAUCACCAUCGGCCCCACCUGUGACCCUCUCAGAAUGGUCUCUUCACCCCCCUCUGCCUUUGGAGAAGGAAACCUCCUCUUCCCAUCCCUAAUUCCCCUCCUUCCCCACCCUGUGAUGCUGAUGGAGCCCAAAACCAGUUUGCUAAAACCCAGUACAAAGCCAAACCCACCAACAGGCAGCUUAAAAUCCGAGGGGAUUUGGACAUAAUUUUCCUGCUAAUCUUGGGAAUCUUUUUCCCUACAGCCUCUGUUUGUCCUCCCCUGGACUCUGUGUGUGUAAAUAUAUAAAUAUAUAUAUAUUAUUUUUUCUAUCUGAGAGGGGCAGAAGUGUUUUAGCACCCACACACUGCUCUGUAUGCAAACUCCUCACAUGCAAACUCUUCUCUAUGCAACGAUUUUUUGUUUUUAAAAAUGAAAACCACAGCAAAUCCUCAGCUUUUGUUCCUUUACUUUUCUAUGGACAGAGCGGACAGCUCUGUAUUUGUAUUAGUGGCUAAGGGCAGCUGUUUUUGGGGAGAAAGCUGGGGAAAGGGGAAUGGUGGAGCCACACUCAUGACAAAUGAAGGUCCCUCCAUCCCCAGUCCCCUGGGACUUUUUGGAAAUGUCCACCACUUUACAAGGAGUGGAUCAAACGCUGGAAUGUGGCUGCCUCAUCUCUGUUUGGUAACGGGGAGAAAAUCGCUGUAAAUAGGCCAAAAGUGCUGUGUGACUUCGUGGGUUCUCCCAGGUGAUCCUUUAUUAUCCAAGAUGAACACAAUGGGGAAGAAAUUGGGACCUGGAAAAUGUGGGAGGGGGAAAGAUUUCUUUUCCUGGGAUGCUGUGUUGGUUACAGAUCCCCUCUCCCCCACCGAACUCCCCCAGGAAUAUUGAUCCAUCUCCUAUUUUGUAAUAAAAUUUUAUCACCUGCA